AGUCCCCAAAAUGGGAACGUCACGUCGGAAUAAUUGGAUCCACGCUCCAUCAAUCAGGUUAUCAUUGGAAACUGCCCUAGUGAACAAAAUGAACAAAUAGCCCUGAAAUACGCGCGCCACACCCAACUCUUCUUUCACUGCAAACUUCACCAACUUAACGAGUUAAGGAACUGGAGAUACUUCAAUGGCGGCCUCUUCUAUUGAAGAAACCCUUGUAACUGAAGCCCCAAACACUUCCGACGAUCAGCUUCAUGCACCUACGGACGCCAACGAUUCUAUUGCGCUACCGUCGGAUUCUCGACCGGAGCAAUCUGAUUGUCAAUCCACGGAAACUACUGUUGCGGGGGAGAAGCGGAAGAUAAUGGAGCCAGAUUCUGAUGGCGCUAAUCCAAAUCCCGAUCCGUCUCUCAAUCCUUUUUGGAAAACCRGUCUAUGCUCGUACUUUAGGCGUGAGUCGGGGUCGUGUAGCCAUGGAAGUACGUGCCGCUAUGCUCAUGGCGAGGAGGAGCUCAGGCCACGCCCUGAUAACUCGUGGGAUCCCACAUCGGAGCGGGCUAAGAAGGUGAUGAAAGUGGAGGAGGAAGUUAAGGAAGAGGAGGUUAUGAUGACGGAGGCCGUGGUAGACGAUGACGACGAUAACGGUAAUGACGGAAGGGAGAAUGGACUUAGCAAAUGCUUAGUUCAUUUGCCGAGAAAAUGGAAUUCCGACAACCUGAGGAACUACUUGAAUGAGCAGGGUAUAAUUUUUAAAUCUGCAAAGAAGAAGAAAGGCAUGACUGUAGGUUUUGUUAGUUUUGAAAGUACAGAACAGUUGAAAAGUGCCGUUGAGGAGAUAGAAGGAAAAACCAUUGGCAAAAAGAACUUGAAGGUUGCAGAUGUGAUUCCCAGAUCAUUUGAAAAGACAACUAGAUCUAAGAUGGAUCGUCAGAAAACAUCUGAAUCUUCGAUGACUGUCCCUUUGUCAUCAAAUGAUGCUGAAGAUGCUACUAAUAAUGAUGGGAAUUCUACUCCUAAUGAUUCGGUUUCGAAGGGAAAAAGUGCCCGUGACGUGGUGGCUCCUCUUGCUCACAUGUCAUACAGUGAUCAGUUGGAUCACAAAAAGAACUCAUUGUCGCAGCUUCUCAAAAAACUUACUAGGAAUGCACGUAAAGCCUGUCCAAACGGCGUUUCUCUUCCUGAAUGGAUUCUAAAAGCAAGGGAUAUAGGUGGUCUUCCAUGCAAUUUGGAGGGUAUUCUUGAAUCACCAGUUAUAAAUGGAUAUCGUAACAAAUGUGAAUUUUCAGUUGGAUACUCUUUGGAGGGCAAGCCAACUGUGGGGUUUAUGUUGGGAAAUUUCAGGGAAGGUGUUACAGCUGUUGAAGAACCUGAAAAUUGUCCCAAUGUUUCUAGAAUUUCUUGCAAAUAUGCAUCAAUUUUCCAGGAGUUUCUGCAACUCUCAAGCUUGCCAAUUUGGAAUAGAUUUAAGAAUGUUGGGUUUUGGCGUCAAUUGACGGUUCGAGAAGGACGGACUCCAGGGAAGUUAAUUGAUUCUGAUAAUUCGGAUGGAAACAUCAGUGAGGUCAUGAUCAUCGUUCAGGUUUGCUCUGUAGGUGUUGAGUGUGAACUACUGGCCAGUGAAUUCAAGAGACUUGCUCAAGAUUUUGCUGAAGGAGCUGUUGCAAAUUCUCCACCGUUGCCCCUAACUGCUUUAGUCAUUCAGCACCACCAAGGAAUAUCAAAUGCAGCACCUGCUGAUACUCCACUACAGCCCCUACCAAUUCCAAAAGUCCAUGGCACUGAACCAGAUGCCACUAAUGAUGUUGUAGAACCUAGAAUCCACGAUUACAUUAGCAAUCUUAAGUUCUGCAUAUCUCCAACUGCGUUUUUCCAGGUGAAUACACUUGCUGCUGAGAAGCUGUAUUCACUUGCUGGGGAUUGGGCUGGGUUGGGCCCUGACACCUUGCUAUUUGAUAUUUGCUGUGGAACUGGAACAAUUGGGCUGACUUUAGCACAUCGUGUUGGUAUGGUUAUUGGUAUUGAAAUGAAUGCUUCUGCAGUAUCUGAUGCUCAGAGGAAUGCUGAAAUAAAUGGCAUAAAUAACUGUAAAUUUAUUUGUGCAAAGGCAGAGGAUGUGAUGGGAUCUUUAUUAAAAGAGUACCUAAAUGUGACCAAGAAAGAAGGGGAAAUUUUAAGCGCCACCAAUGGAAGUGAUGGAAUUUCAACUGCCUCUGAGAAAAGCGAGGAAAUUCCGGGUGCCUCCAAGAAAAGUGAUGAAAUGUUAGGUGCCUCCGAGAAAGGUGAGGAAAUUCCAUGUGCUUCCGGGAAAGUCGAGGAAAUUUCAGGUGCCUCCCAAAAAAGUGAGGAAACUGCAAGUGCCUCGGAAAAAAGUGAUGAAGUUACUGCUGCUGGGGAAACAAAUACCUUGAUGGAUGCCAUAGAACAAGAUCCUGUAGUAGGCCAUGUGCCCGAAAAUGAUGCAAAUACACUUGAGACUUCAGAGGUUUCUAGCCAAGAAAAUGGGGGCCAACUCAACUGUUGCAAAGCAGAAAGCCGGACUAAUUUGAUGCAGCAGUUCAAAAAUGUUGUUGCCAUUGUAGAUCCUCCUCGUGGUGGACUUCAUCCCAUCGUGACCAAGGUCCUGAGAACUCACACGCAUCUAAAGAGACUAGUUUACAUUUCAUGCAACCCUGAAAGUUUGGUGGCUAAUGCCAUAGAGCUGUGUACACCAUCAUCUGAAAAAACUGAGAAAGGAAACAAGAACAACCGAGGGUGGAGAAAUAUGGGCAGUGCUGGUCUUGCUCGGCAUAGGGUCAAGUCGAUGCCGAUGUCAGAACCUUUUCGGCCUGUGAAAGCCAUGGCGGUAGAUCUUUUCCCUCAUACUUCGCACUGUGAGAUGGUGAUGCUGCUGGAGAGGUAGAGGUAGAUGAACAAAUAUACUGCCAUCUCCAAAGAGUUUUGCAGGGUACUUGGGGAGUGGCAUUGCAUUGAAUGAGCUACACUACUAAUAUUUAGAGGAUUAAGAUGGAUAUCUUCCGAUCAAUUAUGGAGAAGAAUUAGGUAAGUUUUGGGACAUAUAUGCUCUUAGGAUAUUGACAAUUGAUUAUUCCAGUUAAUUUCAUUUAUCAUUGCGGGAACUUGCCCACUGUCAUUGGAUCUUUCGGUUCCAUAAAGUGUUGCUUGCAUUAGUCAUCUACCUGAACCUAUAUUAACCUAACUUUUUUUUUUUUUU